CUUUAUAGUUUGACGUAGUUCUAAACAACACAAAAUAAAAAUAAAUAAAUUUAUGAUUGAGUAUAAUUGACCACAGAAAGAAAGAUGUUGAUACUUGCUUUAGGUGUUUUAUCACAUCAAUUGGAUUACUUUUUUCCUUUUUCUUCCAAACCGUUGUCGUAACUAAAUCUAUGUUCGGCAUUGGUGCCUACGCAAAUAUACUUGCAUUCAUUAUAUUAUACUUGCAUUCAUUAUAUGAAUCCACAUUAAUUUUUAAUGAAAAUAUCUGAGCAUUUAACAGAUUUCAAAUAAAUAAAUCUUGCAAGUACUUACCAGUCUUUUUCUUGGACAAUCCUUUCUUAACAGUAGCCCAAGCUAACCUCUUUACUUCAAGUCGUCCAUUGCUUUUAACAUUAAACGUUCUUUCUCCUGAUUGGUCUGUCUUAAAGCCAUUGUAGACAGCACGAUUUUAAAGAUAUUUUAAGUUCUAUGAUCCUAGAUUAAUGCUACAACCUUACGUCUUGUGCUUACUGCUAUUAUAGAACAGGCUUUAGGGUCCUAAAAACAUUAUUCAAUUGGUAGAAUAGUGAAAAAAACAUUUUUUCCUUGUCCAAUCCGCUGUAGUGUCGAAGCGUUCGGAGCGGGCGACGAGCGCAUUUUCUACCUGCCGCGGCGGGCUUCCUUUUAUCCCCUUUUUACCACUCUUACCUUCUGCACUAAUGUACCAAUGGGGCCUGAGGGCUCUAAUGGUUCCCCAAAAGGUCGUUAGAAAGUGCUAGUUCAUCAAUACAGCUGUAUGUGAAAAGGUAAACUAACUGGCAAAUUGAUCGAUGAAGUGUCAAUUUAUUAUGGUCUAGCGAUACGCAGAAAUCAUGAUUCUGUACAGAAAAUGAGGACUGCGAUCUAUGCAACGCUAGAUCACAAAUUAUCAACAGAUGCCAAGCCCAAGCACGAUCACUGCCCGAGCGGAGAAAAUUCGUGGUGCUCGUGGCAAAGGGCCAAGGCCACUGAAACUUUGAACGAAUAUACACAUAAACCACCUUUACAUGAAGAAGUAUACAAGGCUAUAACUCCAAUUUAUGAAAAAUUAACCAGUGAUGACCUACUCACUCGUUGCAUAGGCGGCUUCACUCAAAACAGUAAUGAGAGUUUCAACGCUACAGUAUGGUCGAUGGCCCCGAAAGUGACAUCCAAUGGCAAAAAUGUACUUGACACAGCUGUAUAUAUUGCUGCAGGUACUUAUAAUGAUGGCCUCACAAGUGCCAUGAGAGUCAUGCAGAACAUAGGCAUCAAAAUUGGGCCGAACUGCUACAAUUACUGUCAAGAGACUGAUCAAAACCGCAUCAAAUUAUCCGACCGUUCGCUCUCAGAUGCUGCAAGAAGGUCUCGAAUCGAACAGAAGACAUCCAGAAAGGAAGAAGAUGAGUUCCACUUGUCCAUGGAAGGUGAAAUAUACGGCGCAGGUAUCGCAGACUGAAGAUAGGACGAGUUCCUAGAAUCACCGUCGCCCGUAGAGACCCUCUUGAAAAAGGUGAUUCCGAAGAUUGGCCCAGUAGCCGCCAUUUUGUAUCAAAAUGUCAAUAUAAAAAUUUUUUUAUACACUUAAAUACAUGCUUAAUAAAGCCUGAAAGAGAGAAA